CACCGUUAAAGGCGACAACAUUACCACGUCUGGAGCUUUCUGGUGCUCUAUUAUUGGCACAAUUGGCACAGAAAGUAUCUCAGGCAUACAAUUUGCAUCCAGACCAGUGGUAUUAUUGGUCAGACUCAAUGAUUGUAUUAUCUUGGAUAAGGGCACCAAGCAAUAAGUGGAAAACUUUUGUGGCUAAUAGAAUUGCUGAAAUACAAGAACUCACGAAUGACAAUUGGAACCAUGUUGAAUCUUCAAGGAAUCCAGCAGACUUAAUUUCUAGAGGUGUAAACGCAAUUGAAUUAAUCAAGGCAGAUAUUUGGUGGAAUGGUCCCACAUAUUUGUCACAAGACGAAGAUAAAUGGCCAGUUUCUAAAGACAUACAGUUAAUAGAUGCGCCAGAAGAAAAGCAAAAGGUGCUGCGCAUUCAGGUCAAUGAAGAAAUUCAAAGUGAAAUACAGAUGAACCAAAAUCGAGAUGGGAUACAUACAUCAGAAUUCUUUGAUAGGUUUUCGUCAUUUACUCGACUUAUUCGAGUAACAGCAUAUAUAAUCAGAUUUUAUAAGAACUGUAGAGCGGGAAUCCAUGAAGGUCAACGAACAUUGAACAACAAGAGGCACAAUAAAAAUAACGGGCAUGAAGUUUUAAAAACCGAGGAAUUGAAACUAGCAAUGACACAGGUACUAAAAAUGGCACAAUCGCACGAAUUUUCGAAGGAGAUUACUGAUUUAAAAAAAGGAGCUAAAAUUUUAAAUAAUCGGCUGAUUCAUUUAAACCCAUUUAUUGAUAAGGAUGGUAUAAUGAGAGUUGGAGGUCGAUUGGAUAACGCGUACAUUCCAUUUAAUCAGAAACAUCCUAUUAUUCUUUCUGGAAAUCAUAGAUUAACGUACUUAAUAAUUAAUUAUGAACACCAACGGUUACUACAUGCAGGAUGUCAAGCAGUGUUGUCAUCGAUAAGACGUACAUAUUGGCCUCUCGCAGGCAGGAAUUUAGUUAAAAAGAUUUUACGCCAAUGUAUGACUUGUUUCCGAGCAAAACCAACUGACUCUAAAUACGUUAUGGGCAAUUUACCGACAGCUAGAGUAUUACCAGCACGUCCCUUUUACAGUUGUGGAGUGGACUAUGCAG